UGCUCUUCUCGGCCAUCCACGCCCUAACAUAGUCAUCGAAUCUCCUCCGUCGCACGCGACGACUGUCACAUUUCCUUCGUAUCACGUCUCACUGGAUUGGUGCACCACGGGACGGUACCCUUGCUCUUGAUUCGCGCGCGAGAAACACCGGAGCAACCUUCGGCACGUUUCGAUCCCGCCGCAUGAGAACCCUACACGCGAUUUUCGACCUGCCCCGCGUCUUCCGCUCCUACGACGGCCACCAGGUGCUGUCUUACGAUACAUGCGACACAUUGUCCAGGCCUUUUCUCCCUCAACGGCCUUGGAACUAGAAACGUCAUCGCUCCCUUCUGCAAAGUCGUACCGCCACGCCAGCCUCCUCGCUCACAGCCCCAUCGGACCGCUGCCGAGGUUCGUUCCAAUCGGAUUUGACAAUCUCUCUCUGCAACAACUCUCCUGCCGCUGCUGCUGCGGGAUAUCGUCCCUUCAUUGCCUCGCUCGGCCUCCUGCGUCGCCCUCUCGGUUGCCAUCCCACGGAAACCAUCUCUCGUCCGGUGACUGCUUAGAGCAGCAACCAUGACAACCCCGCCAAUAUGGCGCCAAUUGCCUAUCUCGCCGUCAACCGGCCUGCCUAAUCUCUUGGUGUCGACGAGUUUCUCGACAGCGGCGUACACGAUACACGUCACAGACCUAGCAAACUUGUGGGUAGAGUCCCUGGAUCGAAAGGCCAUCUACAAGCGCAGCCUCAACGAGUCCACCAGCAUCGACCCGACGGACAGUGACAGUAACAUGCGUGCCUUUCUUUCAAAGAUCAGAUCCGUCUUCGAACCUUCGCAUCCAGACCAUGACAGAGCAUCUAUGACGUUGUCGACGACUCCUAGCAGCGAAGCAGGGGACGAGGGCCUGACUCUGAACAUCACCUGUGAGUUGGAAAAUAUGAACCCUCUGGAAUGGCCCGUGUAUUUGCAAAAGUGCUCUCGGUCCGACCUCGUCACGGAGCUUGUUGUACCACUGGCACAAGCACACUCGAACGGGCGCAGACAGGUCGAGUCCCUCAAGGAGGUUCUCAAGCAAAAGGACGCCAUCAUCAUGAAGCUCCUCGACAAACUCGAGGCCACUGGAACCCGCCUGGAGAACGUGUUUACUGUCCUAUCCGCCAAGCAAAAGCCCACGAGAAAGAUGGCCGAAGAGAAGGUCAAGGGGCUUGCCCCCUUUCGACCUGAAGAGUGGAAGGCUCAGCUGGGUGAGGAUCAAGAUGACUUGUCCAGACUUUUUCAGGACGUCUUUGGUGCCGACGGACUUGAAUAUCGUCGAAAAGUAGACUUGAAUGACCCAGCGUCGCUUGACAACUGGUGGACAAUAUCACAGACUUCGUGUAUCCCUAUUGUGGGACCAAAGUCAGGCUCUCGCCAAAGCCAGCAGGAAACGUCUUCAUCUGGCGCAGGCCAGUUGGAAAGCAAGGGUGACGAGACCAAGGGCGACGACGAUGAUGAGGAUUUCCAAGUGCAAUCAACGCCGCCACAUCUCAUUUCCACUCGCAAGCGUUCCGUCAUACCCCCGUAUGGGAAUGAUGACAAUAGCACCGAGGAUGAGGACACUUCGCUGAUACCCGACAGCGUUCCCGUGCCUCCGUUGGAGCAGAAGGCCCAACCUUCACGUUUGGGAACGAUAGGGAGGAGGGUCACACCCAUGUCAACUGGCGCACCGUCUCCUCCCAAAGCACCGGAACCAGACGGAUCCGAGACCGAGACGGAGUCUGACGAAGACGCUACCGCCUCGUUAGCUGAGGCUUCAUCGCCACCUCAGCGUGCCGAACCGCGGCCCGGUGCGAAGGAACCAAAGAGUGGGCUUGGUCUUAUCGGAGGCCAAGCUCGACGGUCCACGACUCCGGGAUCUCCCAAAAAAGAGCCAUUGAGUCGUGUCGGUGGAGAGCCGGAGCAUUCCGACGCCAAGUCACCUGAGCAGCCAAAAAGAGUCGGGCUAGGUCGCAUCGGCGGAGGCACCCGCCCUCUCAAGGUGGCCGAACCGUCGCCUACUACGGCGGCAGAAGAGGCUCGAGGCCGAUCACAGGCAGGCACAGAGCCUCAGGCGAGACUCAGGGAAACCUCGCAGGAACGGGCGAACAGAAAGCGAGAUGAGCUUCAGAGGGAGUUGCAGAAAAAGGCCGCGUCAGGACCGGCGCGGAAAAAGCGGAAGUUCUAAAUCGACCCUAGUUCCACAAUAUCUUACACCCCUCGU